AUGAAGUGCUUAUUAACAAUAGUAUUUUGCUUGUUCGUUACACAAAAAUCUAUAUCCUUGCCAAUUAGAAAUAUCCCAUCAAAUUCAUUGGCAAAUAUCAUUGAAAAAUCAAGUCUAUUUUUGACUGAUCAAAAAGGAUUUCAUCCAGAUCUAAUACAAAUAUCUAUAAAAAAAUUUAAAAAUGAUGAGGAUACAAGCGAAAUGGACAUUAAUCAAGAGGAACGACAAAUUCCAGUUAUAUCGGACAUUGAGCGAAUUAAAAAAGUGAUUGAAAUCAUAGAAUUUGUCGGAGAAAAAGUUGGUGAUUUAUUUGAUAAAAUUCAAUCUACAGAUCCAAAUGAACAAAUUUAUGACUUUAAAAGUUCGGAAAUGAAUACAACAGACAUGUAA